GCCCACUAAAAGACCGUGUGUGAUUCAUUAUAUGCGAUUGCAAUAUGAGCGUUAGGGUUUCUAAUCUGUCUCUGCCGAUUUCUCAACAGCAAAAGCCGUCGUCAACCGGAGUAGCUCAUCUACGUGAAAAUGGCGGACACCAAGGCAGUGACAAUCCGUACCAGGAAGUUCAUGACAAACCGACUCCUAUCCAGGAAACAGUUUGUCAUUGAUGUGCUACACCCAGGCAGGCCAAAUGUCUCCAAGGCUGAGUUGAAGGAGAAAUUGGCUAGGAUGUAUGAGGUGAAAGAUCCAAAUGCUAUCUUUGUAUUCAAGUUCAGAACUCAUUUCGGUGGUGGCAAAUCAACUGGUUUUGGUUUGAUUUAUGAUUCUGUUGAGAAUGCCAAGAAAUACGAGCCAAAAUAUAGGCUUAUCAGGAAUGGACUUGAUACCAAGGUUGAGAAAUCAAGGAAGCAGUUGAAGGAAAGGAAGAACAGAGCAAAGAAGAUCCGAGGUGUAAAAAAGACCAAGGCAGGGGAUGCUGCCAAGAAGAAGAAGUAAGCAAUGAAACUGGUGGUAUUUGUUUUGUUCUUAUGACAUCUGUCGUGUUUUCUUGGUGCAACUUUUUGGUUGGGUUUUUGUUUAGGAACUUAAAAUUAAAUGAACUAGAAUUGUAGCUUUAUGUUGGAUGUUUUCGGCAGUUUUUAUGGCUUAAUGUUUUGCAAUAUAUGUGCUCUCCGAACCUGGUCAUCAAAGGCUUUUAGAAAGUGAAACUAUUCUGUGGUUGGCUAUGGACA